AAGAAAUCGAGCACAUAUAUUAUACUUGACAACGAGUUCAAAGAAAACUUGAACGAUUACUUUGGAGAGCUAUGUUGGGAUAGAGACUAUGAACAGCCAACGUUGAUGGAGAUAGAUUCAAUCACAAUAAAAGCUCCUCAGUUUAGCAUAACCCAGGUCAAGAACGCUUUGUUGAAAAUAAGGAAAACUGCAACAGGCCCUGAUGAAAUCCCAUUUUGGGUAUGGAAAGAAAACGCUGAUGUAUUUGCACCUGUUAUGACCAAGAUUUGGAAUGAAUCUCUCUCUACAUCCAAAUGGCCUACCUCUUGGAAAAUUGCUCAUAUAGAUCCUUUACCAAAAGUCGAGAAUCCAAAGGAAUAUUGUGAAUUUAGAGGUAUAAACGUGACACCUGUGAUUGGACGAUGCUUCGAAAGAACGGUUUAUCAUUAUCAUAGUAAAAGAUCUUUCGAGGUUGAGUUAUCAUCUUCCCAGUUUGCUGAUCGAAUCG